AUGCUAGUCAAUUUGAUCGAACAGGAAGAACAAUCCAAACAGGCUGUGCGGAAAUCUGAGGCCGAGGUUCGUGCUAUACUACUCGAACGUACCACGGAAGAUUUGAAAGUGAAUCUGGAAAUAGAUCUGUUUGACACAUUGCGUAAUCACGAGGCUCACGAGCUCCGAUUGAAUUUGGAAAAAGCAGCCGAAGAAGAACGGACACGUUGUAAAGAAAUGGAUUUGGAUUAUUUGGCACCAUUUCUGGCCCAAAUCGAAAUUAUGGGUGGACACCUGUCACGUGAACAGGCAUUUGCACUUCGUGAGGAAUGUCUGCAAGAUUUCAAACAACGCCUGAUCAACAAAGCCAAUAUUAUUCAGGCACGUUUUGAACGGGAAACGGAGAAAUUGCAGAAGAAACAACAAUGGUAUCAACUGAACCAGAUCAGUUUGUCCAAAGAGGACGAGCAAGAAUAUCUGCAAUAUUGCAACGAUGCGGCUUUCCGAAUUACCACACUUGAAAGUAUGCUAGCCAAGCAUAAACAGACUGCACCGCAAAAGUAUAUGGCACUGGAAAAACGAUUGCGUUCCGAUCCUCGGUUGAGCGAGUUUUUACAAACUGGUUGA